CCCAUAAAAGAGUACCCCUUUUUUUUUUUGUACGUUCAUUCGGGAGUGGAAAAAUGCAUAUGAACUGUACAUGUUCGUACGUGUAUGUUUUUGCAACUAUAUAAACGUAACCGCAGCGCUGGCGACAAAGUUCGACGCCGCAGGGUGAACUCCGCUGCUGGGCAAAUCAGCCUAUGAGCGGUGAGAGUUCUCAGCGGGAAAGGGGCGCCCUCCUAUCGAUUAAUUUGCAUACGGUUGGUAACGCAACAACAAGGGGAAAAACGCCCACCCGUAUAUUCAUAUGAAAUACGCACUAUCCAUUUUGCGUACCUUUUUUGUGCUUUUUUUUUUGUGCCCGUUCGCCAGACCGAGCGCAUAUACCUGCGCAACAGCAGAAUAUGUCGCCCGCGUGGCAUGCCCAUGUGGUGAACGCGCCCCGUCCGCAUGCUGGUCAGCCUGCCUAGUUGACCCCACUGGCCGGCGCAAAAAAAAAGACUGCCUUCAUGUGUAUGCACUGUAGUAGUUACGUAAUAAAGUAAUUACACAACUGCACAGUUGCGUGUGCGCACUUGCGGCGAGAACCCAGGCGAGGCGCACCAUGAGGAGCAUUCUAAAUAGCGUGCUUGUUGUGAACCAGAACGUUGGCAAGAAGGCAAAGGGUAGGAGAUUCGUUUCGGCCACAUGUAGAGUGAAAAGCAUUUUCGACAGUAGGUAUGUGUUCAAGGGCACGGACUACUCCCUCUGGAGUGAAAGGCGCAACGCUCAGCAGGGGGGUGUCCAUCUCACGGGGAAAAACAAAAAGUGCUUUUCAACCUUUAUGAAGAAUGUUAUCGAGCAGGUCAAAAAAGACAUGAAGGAAAACAAGCAGUACCAGGAGGCCCUGAAGGAGCUGAAGGAAAAAACCGAAAUAGACCACAAGGCGGUGAAGCUGAAGAAAAAAAUUGAGGAAAACAUAAAUCUCCUAAAGCACAUAAAGGGAAAAAAUGAAGAAGCAGUGAGGCUGCUCUACAACGACGUCAACAAGUUUAUUCGCUACUGCUUUGAGAGUUACACCGUUUUUCGGUUUUUAAAACAUACCAGUGUUAAGUUUUUUUUAAUUAUGCAGAGGUUGCUGCUGUGCUCGAGCAGCAAGCUGACGGAACUGGCGGACAAGUGGAACGAGAAGAACAGCGCCUUUGUGCAGCUGGACAAGUGGAGGCAGGAAAUGGCCAUCAAGCGGUACAAGAGGGGCGCGCGGGGGGGGAGCAAUACGGACAGCAAUACGGAAAGUAGUUCGAACAUCCGUUCCGGCAGUAGUUCUGACAUCCGUUCGGAUGGCGCGCCCCCACUGCCGAACCAGUCCAACGCGGGGAGUGCCUCGGAGGACAAACCCGGGAGCAGCGAUCUGGUACUGGCGCACGAAUCCGCAUGGGACAAAUUUGGAAGCAAACUGAAAGACAUGCCCUUUUUAAACAACUUUUUUGAAAAUCCCAUUUUGGGAAAAUUAUUUGGAGAGACCGAGCUGGCAGCAGCACUCAGGGAGAUGAAGAUGCAGGACAAGAACUUCAAGCUGUGUGAACUGAUGUACCUGUUUGAGUUUGUAAUUUCGAAGCACAUCGUUGAGUCCUACCUGAUCGGUGAUGAGGAGACGCUGCGACUGCACUGCGGGCAGUCGGCUUUUAACUCGCUCAACGCAAGCAUAAACGAGAGGAAGAAAAAAAAAGUGUAUUUGGACACGAAUGUGCUCAUAUAUAAGAAUCACGAGCUGAAGGGGGCGCAGAGGAUGGAGGAGAGCUCCCCCUGGUUCAUCUUCACCUUCCACACGCAGCAAAUCAACUGCUUGAAGAAUGCGAAUGACGAAAUCGUCGAGGGGCACAUCGACGACAUUCGCGAAGUGGUUUACACCAUCGCCCUGUCCAAGCACCCCGAGCCGGAGAGGGAGGGCCUGCUCUACCCCUACCUCGUGCGCGAGUUCGCCAUCAUCGGGAACACUCCCUCGUGGUGA